UCUCUCUCUCGCAUUCUCGCUCCAAAUUCGCGGCAUCUCAUCGACCAAGGAGCAAGCGCUCGUGGGUUCCAAAUACUCGACUUUGAAGCUCAUGGAUGGGAGUGAUGGUGGUAGUGGAUUCACCUGCAACAUUUGCUUUGAAUCUGCUGAUAAAGAUCCAAUUGUAACACCUUGUGGCCACCUUUACUGCAAGUCUUGUAUAUAUACAUGGCUUCGCAACCCAAGACAUGAUUCCAAGAGGUGCCCUUGCCCUGUAUGCAAUGCUAUUAUAGAGGAUAGCAAACUGAUUCCUCUGUAUGGAAUAGGAAAAUCACAAGAUUUAAAUCAAAAGUCUCGGCCUAUACCUGUAGCCAGUGUUGAGAUCCCAGAAAGGCAAGCUGGUCAAAAGUCUGCCACUACUUCAACUCCAUAUAGGCCAACUCCUUCAGCUCCAGAGUGGCUGACUGGUCCAAGACCUGCCACUCCUUCAGCUCCAGAGUGGCCAACUGAUCCAACACCUACUCCUUCGGCUCCUGAAUGGCCGACUGGUCCAAGACCUGCCACUCCUUCAGCUCCCAUAUGGACUGAUCCAAGACCUGCCACUCCAUCAGUACCAAACUGUUCAUCUGAUCAAACACUUGCCACUCCUUCAACUGCCAAUGUCAUUCUGAACCAAGUUUGUAGGCUGUUAAUACGUGUGGGACAGUACAUGCUAGUGAGGAUAAUAGAUGUUGCCACAGAUAAGCUCAUUGAAGCUGUAGAAAGAAAAAUCAAUGAGUCGAGUGAGGCAGCAGAAGAGAGGAACGAUGUUAAUGAAGAAGGAAGUGGAAAUAAUACUGUAUCAAGUGAGGAGGUUGAAGUGAUGGAUAGCAAUGGAGAAGGAAGCCAUCUGGGACCCUGGGUUGUGCUCAACCCAACUUAGGCUUCACAAGCUUCAUUGAGGGACAACAGUGGACCAAGAUGUCCGGGGUUGUAGCUCUCUAGCUGUUUUGAGUUUGAAACUGGUUCUGAACUCUUCAUUAGAAAAUCAGGUUGCCAAGCAGAAAGUUCAUUGCUCUGUUUUACUUGUCCUAUAAUUAUCGCUUAGCUUAUCAUUGUAACAGGUCUUCACUGUAGGAUGAUUCUCUUAUCUCCCGUGUUAAGUUUCAUAUGAAUGAAGUAGAUACUGAUUCUAAUCUAGA